GUGAUGCUUUUCCGUGGACGAUUAGUUUGAACUAUUUCAGUAUAUAUACUCUUCUUGGACAACAGAUGACACUUGAUUUAGUGGAACCAAUGGGCUGUACUUCAACUUUAGCUGUUACUUCACAGAAACUGCUCGCUUCGGGGCCAGAAUCCAGACACUCAUUUGUUGUCUGCCUCCAUGUGGACCUUGAGUCCCUUGAAAUAAAAUGCUCCAACCCCCAGGUGCAGCUUCUGUAUGAACUGGCUGAGAUCACAAGUAAAGUUUGGAAUAAAAUUCAGAGGAAAGGAGUUCUACAUCAAUCUUCUGUCUAUACUGAAACCAUGACAGGACCUGCUCCUCCUAGCUCUCCAGUUAAAAGUAGCAUUGGUACCGCCCCACCAGAUACCAGCACAUACAGCCCGUCGGCUGACAUUGGGACCACUACAGAGGGUGAUUCUCUUCAAGGUGGUGAUGAUUCUCCGUUCUCAGACUCCAUUACCUUGGAACAAACAACAAGCAAUAUCGGAGUCUCAAGUGGACGUGUCAGCCUAUGGAUGCAGUGGAUGUUGCCAAAAAUUACUAUAAAAUUGUUUGCUCCUGAUCCUAGAAAUAAUGGUACAGAAGUUUGUGUUGUCAGUGAAUUAGAAGAUCUCAGUGCCUCAGUGGAUAUGCAGGAUGUCUAUACCAAAAUCAAAUGUAAAAUAGAAAGCUUCAAUAUUGACCAUUACAGAAACAGCCUUGGGGAAGAUUCUUGGUGUCUGGGGCAAUAUGGAGGUGUGUUCCUUUCCUGUACUGACAAGCUGAACAGACGUACCUUGUUGGUUCGACCCGUCAGCAAGCAGGACCCUUUCAGUUUUUUUUCCCUCUACAACUGCAAAACUUUUAGAUGGCUCGCACCAACAACAUGGAUUUCUUUCUCUCACGUACACCAAAGCUGUGACAAAAAACGUGCGGCACAAACUGAUAUCAAGAAACGAACGAAGAACAUUCCAUAA